AUGAAUCGCGGCACCACGAGCGUUAAGGCGGCGCGGCGGAGCAGAUCCGUCGAUGAGGGCGCAUCCUGCGGGGGCGAUCUGCCGAUGCGGUGCGAGUACAAAACCAGGGACGCGAAGGAGGCGGGGACUUGGUCCGUUGAGGUUUGCGUGCCGAAGGAUGCGGUGGCGACCGGGAGGGAAGCUGUCAAGGGCCAUCGGGUGAAGAAGGAGGCGGGGAUCUGGUCCGGUGACCUUCGCGUACCGAAGAAUGCGGUGGCGACCGGGAGGAAGGUGGGCAAGGUUCGUCCGGUGAAGAAUCUCUCCAAGUUGAAGACGGCGGCCGCCUCCUUCGAGGCGAAGAAGCCUGGUGCUGCUGCAUCGGCGGCGGGAGGCGUCACCAAGAUGGAGAAGCACGCUGGUGAUGUGACCUUGGCGGUGGCCGCGGAAGCAGACACUGCUGGCAAUGGCAAGGAAGGCGGUCUGAGGCUGAGGCAGGAGUUUGUUGACCUCGUCUCGUCCUGGAAGCCGGAGGUCUUCGAGGACCCCGAUGAGCACUACGCCCGGUUGAUCAACAACCCUGCCUUCUCCCAGGACUUCGUCGAGAGGAGCACAAAGCUCCAGCAGGACCUCGUCGCAAUGUCCAAGUUUUGCGCCGCCAGGAUGGAGAAAUUCCACGCUUGGGUGCGCACAGAGGUCGAGGAGAAGGGCUACGCGGAGGUCGAUAACUACAUCCCGGAGGGGGAGGAUGAUGAUUUUGCCCUGGCUUUUGGACCCAUGGAUGGUGUCGUCUCAGAGGACGAGGAUGGUGUAUUUGCCCAGGCUUUUGGACGCAUGGAUGGUGUCGUCGCAGAGGACGAGGAUGAUGAAUUUGCCCUGGCUGGACCCAUGGAGGACUGA